CGCCAAGUGACCGUGCAUCACAAAGUAACACACGGAGGAAAAAAGGGUACAAGACCGGAGGUUUAGCAUGUGUACGUGCAAAGUGGCCAUUCCCGUCUAGACAAUAUGGAUGGGCACUACUAGUAGAGCUUGACAUGUGCCAGUGGCAAGAAAGGGGGGGACCUAGCAGACACAACUGGGAUUGACUGAACAACCAAAAUGGCCGCACAUAGGAUCAGAACGACCAACAACAACACAGCGCUGCCCCGCUGCAAGUCUGAGGGCACGCUCAUUGACCUCGGUGAGAGCGUCACUGAGGCCUCGCUCACAGAUGUCAAAGUGCCUUCUCCAAGUGCCUUGAGACUGGAUACCACUGCCUGCAUCAACACUGCCAGGGAGGUUGUGGCCAUCAAGGACUACUGCCCGUCUAGCUUCACCACCCUGAAGUUCUCCAAGGGAGAGCGCCUGUUUGUACUGGACACAUCGGGUGGAGAGUGGUGGUACGCCCACAACAACACCGAGAUGGGCUACAUCCCAGCCGCCUACGUCCAGCCGGUCAAUUACCGCGACUCCUCGUUUAGUGACAGCGGGAUGAUUGAUAGCAUCGGGGAGAGCACUGACGAAGGUGAGGAGGCUAAGGAGCUGAAUCUCCUUGGCGACUGGAAAGGGGUGAUCCUUCAGCCCACGGAACUUCAGAACGGAAACCCGUUCACUGAUAGGACCUCGACGAACCCUUUCCUCAACGGAAGCGUCCAGGGGGUGGCUGCUGUCGAUCAGAAUCUGAAGAGCAACAGGAGCUCGGUGGACAUGCUGCUCUUUGACACACUCACCCCGUCGGUGGGCAACUCCACCAGCAGUAACAUAAACAUUAGCGGGUUCGAUGGUGGUGCUCUGUUUGACACAAGCACUGACAACCCGGACAACCCGUUUUUCAGGAGCAAGCGCUCCUACAGCUUGUCAGAGUUGUCCACUUUGAGGGCCCAGAGAGAUGCUCCCCAGCAGGGCUACACAUCGUUCUUCGGCGGGCUCAAAGCACCAGCCCCAGAGCAGUUUCAGAGCAGGGAGGAUUUCAGGACUGCCUGGCUCAACCACAGGAAGUUGGCUAGAUCGUGCCACGACCUGGACUCGCUGGGACAGAGCCCGGGCUGGGGACAGACGCAACCCAUUGAGACGAACAUCGUUUGCAAACUGGACAGUUCCGGCGGCGCCGUUCAACUGCCAGACACCAACAUCAGUAUUCACAUUCCGCAAGGUCACGUGGCCCCGGGUGACACCCAGCAGAUCUCCAUGAAGGCCCUUCUCAACCCGCCGCUGGAGCUGAACAACGACCGAUGCACCACCGUCAGCCCCGUGGUGGAGAUCAAGCUGAGCAACAUGGAGACCAAAACGCCCAUCACCUUGGAGAUGAAUGUGUCUGUGGUGGUGAAGAUGGAGAGCAGGCAAGUGGCCAAGGUGAUCUGUGUGCGGAGCGACUGCAAAGAGGGUCCCUACAACGCUGUGCCAGAGGUGUACAUGUACGGAGACACUAUUCAAGUUCGCCUUGACAAUCUCGAGCCUUGCAUGUACGUGUCCGUCGUGGCGCAAGCCCAAACAGUCGCUCCGUACGCGUCUGUCUGGGAACACGUCGUGAAGAAGAUCACCAUUGGCGUUUACGGGCCUAAACACAUCCACCCGUCCUUCAAGACGGUGGUUGCCAUUUUUGGCCACGACUGCGCCCCAAAGACACUGAUGGUCACUGAGGUGGGCAAGCAGGGUCAGUCAUCCCUUCCUGUGACCCUGCAGCUGUGGGGGAAGCAUCAGUUUGUCCUGGCCAAGCCACAGGAUCUGGAACUGGGUGUCUACUCCAACAUGGCUAACUAUCAGGUGAAAGCCAUGGGGCAGGAGAGGGUGGUCAGGGGCUUCCAGGUGAAGCUGGGGAAGGUGAGCCGGCUCAUCUACAUGAUCGCCACGAGAACCCCCGGGGAGCUGUCCGACUUCACCCUCCGGAUCCAGGUCAAGGACUACAAAGACUGCAUUCUGGCUCAGUUUUGUGUGCAGACGCCCCAGCCGCCGCCGAAGCUGGCGCCAAAGACCUCGGCGCAGAGGCGGUUCUUGAAGAAGAAGGAGGUGAACAAAAUUGUGCUCUCGCCACUCGCCACCACCACAAAAUACCCGGUGUUCCUGGAGCGACGGGUCACGAAUAUAAAAUUUGGCAAGUUGAUCAAAACUGUGAUUCGGCAGCACAAGAACCCCUACCUGUUGGAGUACAAGAAAGGAGACGUGGUAGCCCUCCUCAGCGAAGAGCGAGUCAAGCUCAAGGGACAGCUUUGGACUAAGGAAUGGUACAUCGGUUACUGCCACGGAAAGACCGGACUGGUCCACGCCAAAAACGUGCUGGUGGUCGGAAAGGUCAAGCCGAUUUACUUCAACGGUCCUGACCUGACCACUACAAUCCUCCUCGAGCAGAUUCUGAAGCCCACCAAGUUCCUUACGUACAUCUACGCGUCGGUGAGAACCACGCUGAUGGAGAACGUGGGCAGCUGGAGGGCGUUUGCGGACGCGCUGGGGUACGUGAACCUGCCCCUCACCCACUUCUGUCGCACGGAGCUGGACAGCGAGCCCGAGAGGGUGGCGUCCGUGCUGGAGAAGCUGAAAGAGGACUGCAACAACUCGGAGGGAAAGGAGAGGAAGUCCUUCCAGAAGGAACUCAUGACUGCCCUUCUGAAGAUGGACUGCCAGGGCCUGGUGGCGCGGCUGGUGAUGGACUUUGUGCUGCUGACCACGGCGGUGGAGCUGGCUGGCCGGUGGCGAGAGCUGGCCGAGAAGCUGGCCAAGGUGUCCCGGCUGCAGAUGGACGCCUACGAGGCUCCGCACAGGGAUAGGAGCGGAGUCGUGGAUAACGAGGCCAUGUGGAAGCCGGCGUACGACUUCCUGAUCACCUGGGCGGCGCAGAUUGGGGACAGCUACCGGGACGUGAUCCAGGAGCUGCACCUGGGGCUGGACCGCAUGAAGCACCCCAUCACCCGGCGCUGGAAGCACCUGACGGGCACGCUAGUGCUGGUCAACAGCCUGGACCUGCUGCGCGGCUCCGCCUUCUCCUCCGCCCACCAGGACGACAUUGCCAUCUGAGCCACAGCCCCAGCCCUUGUCUGAGCUGUGUGUGUGUGUGUGUGUGUGUGUGUGUGUGUGUGUGUGUGUGUGUGUGUGUGUGUGUGUGUGUGUGUGUGUGUGUGUGUGUGUGUGUGUGGCAGGACGGGUGCUGCUAAGAAACACACACAUAGAAACGCUUGCACACACUCACAGAUACUAACUACACAAGCAUGCGCACAUGUGCGCGCGCGCACACACACACACACACACAAACACACACCUGUGUGUGCGGAUCUGUACUGUAAACACAGAUACAUUAACACACACGCAUGCACAUUAACAUACACGCACACUCUCUGUCACUCAUAUUCACACGCACAAACACAUUUUUUUCUCUCUCUCUAUCUCUCUCUCUCUCAUACACACACUGCACUUUCCAACACUUUAGCCACUGUGUCUGCCCUUACGCAUCUUUUGACUGCCUCUACCUCUGCUGUUACACCACUCUGCUUCCUCACUGCUUUAUUCCCAAUAUGUGACACUUUUCUUCCCCUCACAAGAGUAACUCUACACACAUGCGGAUUAACUUGAACUGUGCAUAUUUUGUGCAAUUUGUGCAUCAAGGCUUACCCAUCUGACCUAUCCCGAUGGAAGUCUCUUUCUUGAGUCAUAUAGAGGUUGUCCUACUUGGAACUGUUGCUACUGAAACGAAUGCCAGCUAGCAGACCUCGGCAUGGAACGUUAGUGAACUUCCCUCCCAAAGCCUCAUACAGAUAUGCUACUAACUUAGCAAGAUGCUCAGCUUUUAGCCCUCUUGUUGGCUGGCAUGUGAGCCUGGCAUUGCUGCGAGGUGGUGGGUUGGAGACUGGUUCUGGACUGCAGAGGAGGCCCUCAGUUACAGUGCUGUCGUGUUCUUGCCUAGCUAGGAGUGACUGAAAUACAGUAGGUGCCAGCUAAGAGCAUUUAUGUGGAACCUUAGUAAUCCCAGAGGCAUUGUACAGAUGUGUUACUAACUUUGCUGGAAGGCCGUAUUAUAGUAGCCUGAUUAUCAUCGACUUUCAAAUCUCUUCGAGACUUGGUCUGACCAAGAGCAUGACAAUUAACAUUUCACAAACAGCAUUUCCCAAAUGACCUCCCUUGGUUUGCUAAUGAUUGUUAGCUUCCCAACAAAGUGGGAGGAGUUCCCGUAUUUGCGGGAAAUCAGAAAGUACUUGCAUUGACUCUUGACCUGACUGGUAGCAACGCUGAAGCUGUUGCGUCACUAGGGGGCACAGCCUGGCUAGUAUUAUAGCUCAUUUGAUAGUGUGUCUGCCUCCCACACUGGAGUGUGCUGCGAUAAAGAGGGUUCGACACAGGGUCUGAACUGUUACAGUGGUGCCGUGACCCGAAUGGGGGUGAGGUUUAGGGUGGUGAGGCAGUGUAACAGAAGCAAGCUAGCAGAGCUCGGCAUGGGACGUUAGUAAACCUCAUAACGAUACACUGCUUUUCUGGAAGCCUGAGUUGUGUUUCUCGAAAGUGUAGUUGUUAGCCAACAACAACUUGAGUAUUUGCCAACGGGAAAUUGCAAAAUUUGCAGCCAACAACUACAGUUUCGAGAAAUGCACCCCUGGAUUUGAUAUGGCACGUCCGCCAUACUGGAGUUUCCUGUGAAGUUGCAUGACUAGGUCUGGACUAUGCAGGAUAACCUCGGUUACAUACAGUAUAUUGUAGCUCAAGGAGGAAUAUUGACGAAACAGAUGAAUGUUUGUGGUUCAGCAGUUUUGUGAAGAGUAGUCUCUGCCUGGGACUACAGAUUAUAAUGUUUGGCUGUUUAUAAUGUUUGGCUGUUUGGCUGUUUAUAAUGUUUGGCUGUUUUGCUCAUUUUCACCAAAUCCGCAGUAUUCUUAUUCAUGUAUUUUUGUAUUAUUGUUUUUGUUUGUUUGUUUGUUUUGCCAGCACAGAAUAUAUAUAUAUAUUUUUGAAUAUUGCGAAACUUUUUGAACCACUUCGACACUUUUUGUUUACUACAUACACUGUAAAAGACAUUAAGACAAGCAAACAUGAGAUUACCAUCUGCAUUUCAAAAAUUUAAAAGUAUGUAUGACAGCCAAAUGUAUAUGGUUUAUAUAUCUAUAUAAAUGUUUACUGAUUCAAGUUAAUUUGUUACAGACAAAAAGGUCAAUUCCAUGUUACGCUCUUCUCGCCCAUAUGUUUCAUUUAAGGCAAAAACGUUCUUUAUUUGACUGUUUGACUGUCUUUUGUACAUUUUGUAUCAAACAGUGAUUAUGAUGAUGUUUAUGGUUUAAUGCUUUAUCAUGUCUACACACUGUAAAUGUAAAGGCCAACAAUGUCUGGAGAACUGUGUUUAAUGCAUUUAUUUGUGCUGGAUUCAGUGCUGUGUACUGUAUGCUUAUUCAGCACAUUUGUACUAUACAGUAUGUUGCAUGUUUAUGAGACUACUAUCAUUUGGAAUAAAAUAUUAGCCUUUGUACUGUU